AUGCGCCCUACCACUUCCAACACCAUAUCCGAUACUCCAUAUGAGUUUUAUUACAGUUUACUUCGUGUAUCUAUGAUUCAACUACUGAAAGGUGUUGGUUUCGAUAAAUCGAAAAACUCUACUAUAGACAUAGUAACUGAUUUGUACUUAAAAUUUUUUAAUUUGUUACUGCGAGAAAUUAAUACUUUGGCAACCAAUAAAAAUGAUGAAGAAGAACAUUAUAAGAUUACAUUGCAGGAUAUUUCCACAGCUCUAAUGAACGUGCAUAUAAUUAAACCAUUUGAUAUAUUAGAUGUCUAUGAAUCAAAUCCCUAUAUUAAUAACGAUGGAGGCAUGCUAGACUUUAAAAAAUGGUGUGAACUGAGCACAAUUCUUCAUGAAUCCAGAAUAAUUUCCAAACCAAAUACCGAAUUCUUAAAGCAGGCGUUAUUUACGAAUGAGGAGAGAAAUAAUAAUUACGAAGCGAUAAACGAUAAUAUUAAUAACAAAGAUAUAGCACAUUAUUUUGGUACUAAUGCAAAUAAUAGUAUCCCGAAUAACUCUCAUCCUGUUACGCUAUCAAAUUAUUUGCAUCAUGAUUCCCCAGCAGUACAUCUACAACAACAACAGCAGCAGCAGCAGCAGCAAACAAUAGAACAAGAGAUGGAACCUAUUAUUAAAGACUUCUUGUCUAAAGAGAGUUCUUAUGACAAAGACUGGCUUCUGUUUAAUAUAAGAAUAAAACAAUUGCGGCUACUUAAGGAAAGAAAAUAUAACAGUAAUAAUAAAAAUAGUGCUAACGAAGAAAAUGAAGCCAGUAGUGCAGAUGAAGAUUUAAUAUUUGAUUUGCCGUCUCUGAAUGAUAUUAUACAGGGAUCUGUUUUAUCGUCAGCUGAUAUAUCAAGCAAUGAAUACUUUUUAGAUAUUCCAAAAUUUAACUUACAUAAUAGUAAUGCUAAUUUUGAACAAACACAAGAUUUAAAAAGCAAAUUGCCAAUACAUAGGGUUUUCAAUAGAUUAGACAAUAUCAAACUAUCAUAUGAGCCAGAAGAAUCUGAAUCGGAUCUUGAAUCAGCGCUAGAUCUAGAUACAGAAAGGCAAGAAAAUAAUCUAGAGCAAACGCAAGUCCUGGAUCAAAUACCCCAACAAGAAGCGAUUAAUGAUAAUAGUGUUCAAUCUAACGACAUAAAUGUCCAAGACGCUCUAUAUUCGUAUAAUACCAAUGAAAAUCCUGUUGAUAAUGAUAGCCAUUUUGAUGGAGGUGCCAACAUAAUAUACCCGGAUGAAAAUGAAUACAACGCUUUAAACAUUGCUAAUAAUAGCAAUGGUAUCACCAGUAAUAAUGAUAAUAACCUGGUGUAUCCAAACAGUUCUGGAGACGAAGGUAUACUGGAUCUUGAUUCCAAUGUUGUAGAAUUUGUUGAGAUAAAUGAUAUGAAUAACGAAUUUGUUAGAAGAGAUUCAUUUAUGGAUAACGAUUUUAAUAACAAUACUAAUAACGAUAAUAACAAUCAAUAUGCUUAUGAUAGGUUUUAA